UAGGAAGCUCUCACCAAUCCCCAAACUAGAGAAUCCCUCUCCUCUCUCUCUCACGGUUUGAGUCUCUUCCAAUUCACCCAUCAGGCGAUUAUCUCCGUCUCUCGUCGCAGGUGAGGUGACUGACAGACGACGCCGAAGAAGAUGAUUAUCAGCAUGAAGGGGUCGACUAUGGUGCAUCUGACAGAGGAGACGCCGCAACAAAGACUGUGGAACUCUAAAGUGGACCUAGUGGAACUCUAGCAGUUCGGCUUCGAACAAUUUCGUCGAUUGGAAAGUGCUCAAGGAAGCUCUAAGCAAGGCUCUUGUGCCGUUCUAUCCCAUGGCUGGGAGAUUGAAGAGGGACGAAGAUGGUUGGAUUGAGAUCAACUGAAGAGGCUCGUGUGCCAUUUUAUCCCGUGGAAACAGAAACUGGUUUGGUCAUCGAUGGUUUCGAUGACUUUGCGCCCAUCAUGGAGCUCAAGCAGCUUAUUGUGGCAUCUCUUUGUAUCUACACGCACGCACAAGCUGCUUACACGUGAAACGGUCAAUCUAUUCUCACUAGUAGAUUUUAUUGAGAAAAUAUCCAUUAUAUAUAGAUAACAUCAAGUACGAAAAAUGUUAUCGAUGCACGGCUGCGAUGCGCUGUAAGGUUGGUGUGAGACGCGCUUAAGUGAGGAGUAAAUCCGAUCUCGCCUGUACCUAGUCCGAAGGCCCCGAACUCGGUAUAGGAUUCGAAGCUCAAGCAAGGUCAGCCCAGAUAAAUCGGGGCUGGGUAAAUUUUGGUCGAUAAAACCCGGCCCAAGAUUUACUAGUACAAGCGCCGUCCGACUGUCCGAGGUGCAAAAAGACUAAAACCCUUCCCAAACCCUUCUAUCAAACUCUUAACUGCAAAAAUCGAAACCAUUUUGCUCACCGUCUUCGGUUGAUCCAUGGAUGCAAAUUUUGUAUUCGAAGCCCCUAGUGACGAAGAGCUCGAAAACGUGGAAGAGGAAGAAAGUGAAACACAAAAAUCUCAAUCUCCAUGGGAAUUUUCUGCAUACUCUGAAUCAGUCGCCGAAGAGCAUACGCGAAGGAGCACAACUUCCAUAGAUUUCAAGAUCUCCAGAGCCCGCGAAGAAUGUGCAAUCCCGCUACUCAAUCACAGCGACGACGAUAGCGCUGAAUACGAACCAGAUAAGCAAGAAAACUACAAGCCUGAAGAAGGCGACGAUGAUAAGAAUGUUAGGGACAGUAAGUCCUUCUUUGCGCCUUCGGAUGGGGCUUCGUUCCAUGCGAAUUCAUUCAUGGAGCUUAAUCUCUCUCGUCCACUGCUUCGAGCUUGUGAAGCAUUAGGGUACCAUAAGCCAACACCGAUUCAGGCAGCCUGCAUACCUCUUGCGUUAACUGGGCGUGAUAUCUGCGGAAGUGCUAUAACUGGUUCUGGAAAGACGGCUGCUUUCACAUUACCUGUGUUGGAGAGAUUGCUAUUCCGCCCCAAACGUGUACAUGCAAUAAGGGUCCUAGUUCUAACUCCCACUAGGGAAUUGGCUGUACAAGUUCAUAGUAUGAUAGAGAAGCUUGCACAAUUUACUGAUAUCAGAUGUUGCCUGGUUGUUGGUGGUCUCUCAACAAAGAUGCAAGAGGCAGCCUUGAGAUCAAUGCCAGAUAUUGUUGUGGCCACUCCAGGGCGUAUGAUAGAUCAUCUGCGUAAUUCUCAGUCUGUGGGCUUGGAAGAUCUUGCAGUUCUGAUCCUUGAUGAGGCAGAUCGCCUUUUGGAACUUGGGUUUAGUGCUGAAAUUCGUGAGCUGGUUCGCGUAUGUCCCAAAAGGAGACAGACCAUGCUAUUUUCAGCUACAAUGACUGAGGAAGUUGACAAGCUAAUCAAGCUUUCUCUAACUAAGCCUGUCCGUCUUUCUGCUGAUCCAUCUACAAAAAGACCUGCAACACUGACUGAGGAGGUGGUUAGAAUACGUCGUUCACGUGAAGUAAAUCAAGAGGCAGUUCUUCUUGCAUUAUGCUCGAAGACAUUCAUAUCCAAAGUGAUCAUUUUCAGUGGAACAAAACAAGCUGCACACAGGUUAAAAAUUUUAUUUGGGCUAGCAAGUUUUAAAGCUGCUGAGCUACAUGGAAAUCUUACACAAGUUCAACGCCUUGAUGCUUUGGAACUUUUCAGAAAGCAGCAAGUGGACUUCUUGAUUGCAACUGAUGUUGCUGCUCGUGGACUUGACAUAAUUGGUGUUCAAACGGUUAUAAAUUUUGCAUGCCCUCGUGACCUUACAAGCUAUGUUCAUCGAGUUGGUCGUACGGCAAGAGCUGGGAGAGAAGGAUAUGCUGUUACAUUUGUCACUGAUAAUGAUCGAUCUGUCUUAAAAUCCAUUGCAAAGCGAGCUGGUUCAAAAUUGAAGAGUCGAAUAGUUGCAGAGCAAUCAAUAGCUAAGUGGUGUCAGAUUAUUGAACAAAUGGAAGAUCAAGUUGCUGUCAUUCUUCAAGAGGAGAGGGAGGAAAGGGCCCUAAGAAAAGCUGAAAUGGAAGCAUCAAAGGUGGAAAAUAUGAUUGCACACAGGGAGGAAAUUUAUUCACGUCCUAAAAGAACUUGGUUUGCAACAGAAAAGGAGAAAAAGCUUAUAGCUAAGGCUGCAAAAGCUUCUAUGGAGAAAGACAAGAACUCUGCAAGCGAGGUAAUCAGUGCACAACAAGCUGAAGACUUAAAAAUGAAGGAAAAGAGAAAGCGGGAGCGUGAGAAAAAUCUGCCACGAAAGAAGCGUCGAAGAUUGGAAGCAGCUCGAGAAAGGUUGGAGGAUGAAAACCAAACUGAUGAGUUGGAAGAGGGAAGUGGAAACAGUAAGAAGGAAAAAGUAGGAAAAUUAUUGGUUGAUGUGGCUUAUCGACGAGCAAAAGCAGCAAAGGCCAUAAAGAAGGCACGUGAUGCUGGAAAGGUUGUGAAAAAAACUGGAAAAACAUUAAAACGUCAUUCCCAAAGAAACCAAUCACGGGCAGAAGAGAUGAAGGAAUUAUUCCAAAAUGAUAUGAGUGAAAAGAAGCAGAAAAGAAACACUAACGGAGCAGGAAAGAGAAAAUCUAAGAAUUCAUUCAAGAGCAAGUCACGGUAUAAGCGCAGAUAGUAACAAGUUUUCAUCUUAAGACUUUGUUGGACCAUUGUCCAAUGUCCAUACAGUGAAACACCGAGUACUUAUUGUUCCUACUAACGAAAGGUGGAACAGCUGAUCACUCUUAUUGAAGUCAUGUUGAUGUACAUCCACAGGCUCCAAGUACAUGUAUUUAUAUGAAUAUUAUUUAACAUUUCAAACUGGCCAAGUUUGGCGAAGAGGAUCAGUGGCUGUUGUUUUGUUAAUUUUUGUUUACAAUAUCAUUCCCAUCAGUAUUUUCUUCAAACAUCAUAUUUAGGCUUGGUUUGUUUGAAGUGCAAUUUCAUUUGUACUGGUUUAAAAGUAUGAGAGUGCAAAUGAGUUUAGAGUAAA